UUAACAGAUGGAAAAUAGAGAGAAGAGACGAAGAGGAAGAUCACAGCGAGGAGGAUUGAUGCCCUCCUCUAGAUGGGUCAUAUAGCAUGGCCUUUGUCACUGGUGGUGACAAUUGGACAGCAGAAUUAAAGUUAACUCACCAAAUAUGUUCUAGAUAGGUCCCUUAAAGAAUUUUUGUGUCAUGCUUGGAUCUUCCUCUCAACACUCCAUGCACCAUACCCUGGGUUUGUUUCAUUUGCAAACUUGCAAGGGUCAGAAUGGGAAGAAGGAUUUUGAAUGAUGCUUUGAGGACAAUGGUGAAUGCAGAGAGGAGAGGGAUGGCUAAAGCUCACUUGCAGCCCAUUUCCACUGUCAUGACAUCCUUUCUCAAGAUCAUGAAAGAUCAUGGAUACAUUAAAGAUUUUCAAGUAUAUGAUCCACACAGAGUGGGAAAGAUAACAGUUGAACUGCAAGGCAGGAUUAAUGAUUGUCGAGCUCUUACGUAUAGGCAGGAUCUCAAAGCCAAGGACAUAGAGAAAUAUACAGCUAAUAAGCUUCCAACGCGUCAGUGGGGCUAUGUUGUGAUUACAACUCCUAAUGGCGUUUUGGAUCAUGAAGAGGCCGCCCAACAAAACGUCGGUGGUCAGGUUCUUGGCUACUUCUAUUAAACAUCUGUCUGAUCACUCUUUAGAACUGCAGUGGGUUUACAUCAUUAUCUUCUUUCACAAUUUCCCCUUUGUGAACUACCUUUAGGUAUUUUCUGUUUUCUGUCACUCUUGAUCCCAAGCCCAGAAACCAGAAAGACUGAACUCCCCUGUGGCUACAAAACCCUCUCCAAUUCGAUUGGCAGCUUUCUCUUUUGUACUAAAAUAUUAUUUUGAUGGAAAAAGUUAGAACUUUUUCCCUCAAACAGUGGAAAUUUUGAAAAGAUAAGGGUAAUAAUAGAUGUGUUUCUGAUGAA